CUAAAAACACGAUCUCUCAGAUCAAGGAAGUCAAACAAAGUGAAACCACUACUUGACUUGGCUAAUGCUUCUGUCAAGCUUGCUGGAAGAGGAGGCGUCAUCGUUGGUGGAUCGAACCACAGCUAUGCAACGCAGGAUUCACAACACUCUAUUGCAGAAGGGAAAGACCAUGGAAAUGAAGAGCGACAACAACUACAACUUCGAUGUUAUACCAGGAUCUCUUCCCGCGGUCUGAGAACAUUGAGUUGUUUCCGGAGAACGAGCAACCGCUGCUUUGGUGGUGUUAUUGCAAUGAUAAACUGCUACAGACUUCUUGUACGCUGUGCACAGGCUGAGGCCGAACUAUUUGCUGCUUCCUGCGAAUGCUCCCAAGUGUGCUCAUCUCACGAGGGAUUCAUGAACUUCACCCACAGGGACGAAGAGGUGAACUAUUUCCCUUCGCGUUUUGAUCCUUGCCGUCACGCUGAGCGAGUGCAUAUUCCUUCUCACCCUCUCGGUGGUCGACGAGAAAAGGUGAUGAUUGAAAAGGAAAAUAACUUUGCUCAGCCAGGAGCAAUGUUCCGCUCCUGGCCUGCUGACAGGCAAGAGCGUUUCAUUGCGAGAGUUGUGGAUGCUCUGUCCGACCCGCGCGUCACCCACGAAAUCCGUAGCAUCUGGCUCUCUUACUGGUCUCAGGCGGAUCGUAUGCUUGGUCAGAAGAUUGCAACGAAAUUCAACGUGAAAGCCAACAUGUAAACGGAUAAAACUAUAUCUGUGUCCAUCGUGGUGAUCGUGGUGAAAGAAAGAGGUACUAGUUUCAAUUAUUACUCUUUUUCUAACAAUCCAAAUCUGCAUUAUUAUUGAGGUA